GCGGGGCCGGCCGAGCGCGGGCGCGGCACCCUGAGUCCCAGCAGCUGGGAGGAGGUGGUUCUUGCGCCGCCUCCGGCCCGGCCACCUGCCCAGGCUCCGGCGCGCGGUCAGAGGAGUGCGGCUGGCCUGCGCCCGCUGGGGAGCGGCCCGGGGCAGCCCGAGGGACCCGGCCGGCGACGCACCCAGCGGCCGUCCCUGAGUUGACUGCGCUAAACUUUCCUGCGCGCUCCUGGGCGCGGCGGCCCAGAGCUGCCUCCCCUCACCCCGGCCAGUCCGGCCGGGACCCGGCGCCCCCGGGGGUCGGAGGGGGGGGAGAGGCCCGCGGCUCCCCCCCCCCACGCCCUCCCUUGGGGCGCAACCGCGCGCGGCGGCGGGGCCUGGGCCCCGGGCGAUGGCCGCGGAGCUGGCGAUGGGCGCUGAGCUGCCCAGUAGCCCGCUAGCCAUCGAGUACGUCAACGAUUUCGACCUGAUGAAGUUCGAGGUGAAGAAGGAGCCACCCGAGGCCGAGCGUUUCUGCCAUCGCCUGCCGCCCGGCUCGCUGUCCUCGACGCCGCUCAGCACGCCCUGCUCCUCCGUACCCUCUUCGCCCAGCUUCUGCGCGCCCAGCCCGGGCACCGGGGGCGGCGGCGGCGCAGCAGGCGGCGCGGCGCAGGCCGGGAGCGCCCCGGGCCCAGCUAGCGGGAGCCCCGGCGCCGUCGGAGGCGCCUCGGGGAAGCCGGCACUGGAGGAUCUGUACUGGAUGAGUGGCUACCAGCACCACCUGAACCCCGAGGCGCUCAACCUGACGCCCGAGGACGCGGUGGAGGCGCUCAUUGGCAGCGGCCACCACGCCGGGCACCACGGCGCGCACCACCCGGCGGCCGCCGCGGCCUACGAGGCCUUCCGGGGCCAGGGCUUCGCGGGCAGCAGCGGUGGCGCGGACGACGUGGGCGCCGGCCACCACCACGGCGCGCACCACGCCAGCCACCAUCACCACGCGGCCCACCACCACCACCACCACCACCACCACGGCGGCGCGGGCCCCGGUGUGGGCGGCGCGGGCCACCACGUGCGCCUGGAGGAGCGCUUCUCCGACGACCAGCUGGUGUCCAUGUCGGUGCGCGAGCUGAACCGUCAGCUCCGCGGCUUCAGCAAGGAAGAGGUCAUCCGGCUGAAGCAGAAGCGGCGCACGCUGAAGAACCGCGGCUACGCGCAGUCGUGCCGCUUCAAGCGGGUGCAGCAGCGGCACAUUCUGGAGAGCGAGAAGUGCCAGCUCCAGAGCCAGGUGGAGCAGCUGAAGCUGGAGGUGGGGCGCCUGGCCAAGGAGCGGGACCUGUACAAGGAGAAAUACGAGAAGCUGGCGGGCCGCGGUGGCCCCGGGGGCGCGGGCGGGACCGGCUUCCCGCGGGAGUCCUCGCCGCCGCAGGCCGGCCCCGGUGGGGCCAAGGGCGCGCCCGACUUCUUCCUGUGAGCUCCGGACCCGAACCCGCGCCGCCGCCGGGAAGAGGCUCGGACUCCGCGGCCCAGGACGAGGACGCAAAGGCUGUCCGGAGCCGGCGCCGCCGCCUCCAGCCGGGCCAGCACCGGGCGCCUCGCUCCACGUCCGCAGGCGCCGGACGGGAGGCCCCUUCCCGCGGCGCGGUUCGCUUGCUCGCGCACCUGCCCGGCCGGGGAGCCCCGGCGCGCAGAGCGCAGCGAUUUCCAGGAAAGUCGCUCCAGGUCGAACUUCCGUGCAGGCGUUCACGUGUACAUACCCCGCGCGGCCUCUGCUCCCACGCCGCCCUGCCUGCCCGGGGCGCAGUCCCGACCCCUCCUUGCCUCUCGCCUGCCCUCCUUGCCCUUUUUUACUCCGUUUUGAACCGGUCUUACUUUCGAAGUAUUUAUAUUUAUUUUGCUUGGUGAUUAGAAAAGGCCCCGGAAGAAGCUCGGAACUUCCCUCCGGGGUCACCCUUGGACGUCCGCGUGUCCCAGCAUGUGUCGCUCGCUCGGAGGGCCCGGC